AUGUCGCCCAACCCAGGCGCUCAACCGACCGAUGCUCUGUCCAGUCUAGGCAUCAGGCUGCUCGAGCUGUGUUUUGGCAAUGCUUUGGAGUCCAUGCCAAUCCGUAAGACGCUGAGUCCUGGUGACACGGUCACAGCUCCUGUACUCGAUUGGGCGGCUGCCAUGCAGUGGAGUAAGAUGGCCAGUGAUGAGGCAGGCCCAGAAUUUGCAGGAGCGAUCGAAUGGUGCUUGAGGGCAAACGAACUGACGAACACGAACUGGAGGAAGGACUUUGUGCAGAAUGUGUUGUGCUACCUCUAG